AUGGAAGAAGAACUAAAUAAAAAUACGCCGGCUUCUCAGGAAGAACGAAGAUUUCAGUGUGAAAUAUGUGGAUUAAUCUGUAAUAAUAGAAAAGCAUUAAAUCGUCAUUUAAUUUGUCAUUCAAACUUGAAACCACAUAUUUGUGAAACUUGUGGAAAAGCGUUCAAAAGAAGAAGUAAUUUUAAAACGCAUACACGCAUUCAUACAAAAGAAAAGCCUUACGUUUGUGAAGUUUGUAAAAAACCUUAUGUCUGUGAAGUAUGUGGCAAUAAAUUUUCCCGAAUAUGUAAUUUUAAAAGACAUCUACGCACGCAUACAAAAGAACAACCUUAUGUCUGUGAUGUUUGCAAUAAAGCCUUCGCUCUUUCUAAAUUUCCAUUGGAAACUCCACGAGAUGAACAUUGCAGAAGUCAGUCUUUCUCGGAUGCUGUAAUCCUCCUGGAUGGGGAAAAUCCUCAGGAUGUUACUCUACAAGUCAGUCGUCAGUCCUCGGAUGCGGUAAUCCUCAUAGAUGAUAAAAAUUAUAUCAUGUCUGGCUGGAUUCUUGGAAUAAAUGCUGCGUGA